AUGAUCGAGCAACACGACUUCCUUCUCGAGGCUGGCUACACUUACGACAAGAAAACUAAUCGGUAUUUCAUGUCUGGCGAACCCAGCUGGGAAAUGGAGAACCAAAAGAUGCGCGGCCGUUGGCAAGGCGCCUUUCCCGCCUCGAGCAUUGAGGAGUUCAAGAAGGAGGAGGAUCGAUGGGUUAAGGAGCAGAUGACGAAGGCCAGCGAACGCAAGGAGCGUAAGUCGAAGCCUGAAGAAAGCUCUUGA